AGCUGUUCUUUAUUUCCGGUUCCGGUUCUUCUUGCAGCAGGCACAAACCUGUGUAAAUCCAAGUGGAGGCAAAGAUGGCGGCGGCAGAUCCAGACACCGAGCCAGCGUCAGUUUUAAGUCCGGAUUUUCUGAACUUUUCCGCCAAAGACACCGCAGCGUGCUGGCUGGCAGCAACUGACCUACAGAAGGAGGUCUACCAUCACCUGGCAGUCUAUGUUCCCAGAAUUCUUUGCCUUGGGCCAAGUGGUGGCAGUGGUAGCAGCAACAGGGAGGAGGAGAGGGAGGAGCUAGCAUGUCAGCUCCUUCUCCUGGCUCCUCUGGAGUGGCUGCUCCUUGGGGAGGAUCCUACCUCUGGAUUGGCUCAGCUCCAGGAGAAGAACCAGCCGUCACCGCUCUGUGGACACGUGUUCAAGGUUGGGGAGCCCACCUACUCAUGCAGGGAGUGUGCAGCUGAUCCCACAUGUGUUCUCUGCAUGCAGUGUUUCCUGGGAAGUGUCCACAAAGACCAUCGAUACAGGAUGACCACAUCAGCAGGUGGAGGUUUCUGUGACUGCGGAGACUGUGAAGCCUGGAAGAAAGGUCCUUACUGUCAGAAACACACUCCCGGAGACGGCAGUAGAGAUACUGAGGAGGACCCUGUCUCUCAGCUUCCAGCUGAUCAGGUGGCUCGUGCACACAGUAUUUUUUUCAUCAUACUGAAGUAUGCCGUGGACCUGCUGACAUGGGAGCGAGAAGAACUUCUGCCUCCUGGACUAGAACCAUUGGACAAAGCCGACACCUACUACUGCAUGUUGUUCAAUGAUGAAGUCCACACUUAUGAACAGGUCAUCUACACACUACAGAAAGCCGUCAACUGCAGCCAGAAGGAGGCGGUGAGCUUCGCGACCACUGUAGACAGAGAGGGCAGGAAGUCGGUUCGAUACGGAGACUUCCAGUUCUGUGAACAGGCCAAGUCGGUGAUUGUGAGGAACACCAGCCGCCAGUCGAAGCCACUGCGUGUUGAGGUGAUGCACUCGUCUGUCGUCGCCCAUCAGUGUUUCGCUCUGAAGACCCUCGGCUGGUUAGGACAGAUCAUUCAGUACUCGGAUGGUCUGAGGAGGAUUCUAUGUCAGGUUGGGCUUCAGCAAGGUCCAGAAGGAGAGAACUCCUCGCUGGUCGACAGACUGAUGCUCAACGACUCCAAGAUGUGGAAAGGAGCCAGGAACAUCUACCACCAGCUGCUCAUGAAUAGUCUCCUCAUGGACCAGGAGUACAAGAAGAUCUUUGCCAUCCAGUUUGCCAAGAACUACAGACGCCUCCAGACAGAUUUUUUGGAGGACGACCACGAGCGAGUGGUGUCAGUGACGUCACUGUCCGUUCAGCUCUUCACAGUCCCAACCAUGGCUCGGAUGUUAAUGGUAGAACAGGACCUCAUGAGCACCAUCAUCAGGACCUUUGUGGACCACGUGCGUCACAGAGAUCUGCAGGGACGCUUCCAGUUUGAUCGAUACACAGCACAGCAGGCCUUCAAGUUUGGACGAGUCCAGAGCCUCAUCGGAGACUUGAAAUACGUCCUGAUCAGUCAUCCCUCUGAGUGGACCUGUCAGCUCAGAGUGAAGUUUCUAGAAGGUCUGGAUGCUUUCCUGGAUCUGCUCAAGUGUAUGCAGGGUAUGGACCCAGUGGUGAGGCAGGUGGGGCAGCACAUAGAGAUGGAGCCUGAGUGGGAGGCCGCCUUCACACUGCAGAUGAAGCUGACUCCCAUCAUCUCCAUGAUCCAGGAAUGGUGCUGCACUGAUGAGCACGUGCUGAUCGAGGCCUACAAGAAGUGUCUGAGCACGCUCAGUCAGUGCCAGGGCGGUCUUCCUGACGGUGAACAGCCAAUCAGCUUGAGUUUGGCUGGACACUGUGUGGAGACCUUCAGAUACCAGGUGUCUCAGGACAAAGUAUCCAUCCACCUUCCAGUGUGCAGACUGCUGGCUGGUCUGCACAUCCUCUUGAGCAGGACUGAAGUGGCCUCACGUGUCCCUGAGCAGCUCCCCCUGGGUGAACUCAGCCCUCCUAUCCUAAUUGAACUCCCUCUUCGCUGCCUGGUGCUCUGUGCCCAAGUGCAUGCUGGGAUGUGGAGAAGAAACGGCUUCUCCCUGAUCAACCAAAUUUAUUAUUAUCACAAUGUGAAGUGCAGAGUGGAGAUGUUUGACAAAGACAUCAACAUGCUGCAGGUGGGGGCGUCCAUGAUGGAUCCAAACCACUUCCUGAUGAUCGUCCUCAGUCGAUUUGAACUUUUCCACAUUUUCACCUCAGCAGAUGUCAGAAAAAGAUACAGAGAGGCCAACAAGGAUGUGGUCCAGCAGAACAAUACACUCAUUGAGGAGAUGCUUCAUCUUAUCAUCAUGGUCAUUGGUGAGCGGUACAUCUCAGGUGUGGGACAGGUGGCGCCGUUUGACGAGGUCAGAAGAGAAAUCAUCCACCAGCUGUCGAUCAGACCAAUGGCUCACAGCGAACUCGUCAAGGCUCUACCUGAGAAUGGAAACAAAGAGACUGGACUGGAGAGAGUGAUUGACACUGUUGCUCUUCAAGUGAAGCCGGGUGUGACGGGGCGUGGCCUCUACGAGCUGCGUCCUGAGUGGAAUAAACACUUCAACCUGUACUUCCAUCAUUACAGCAGAGCUGAUCAGUCCAAGGCCGAGGAGGCCCAGAGGAAGCUGAGGAGACGAAAUGGUGAAGACACAGCUCUACCUCCUCCUCUUCCUCCUCCUCUCGCUCCUCUCUUUGCCAGCUUGGUGAACCUGCUGCAGUGUGAUGUGCUGCUGGCCAUAAAGGGCGCUGUGCUGCAGUGGGCAGUGGAGCCCAGUGGAGGUGGUUGGACUGAGUCCAUGCUGCAGAGGGUGCUUCAUCUGGUGGGCAUGGCUCUGCUGGAGGAGCAGCAGCAGCUGGAGAACAGCAGUGGUGACGAUGACAUCAUGUUUAACUACACCUCCAAAAUUACACGUCCUGGCGAAUCCCCCAGUCCUUCCGGAAGCAUCCUGGCUCUGCUGGAGACCCUGCAGAACGCUCCUCACCUGGAGGUUCAUAAAGACCUGAUCACUUGGAUCCUGAAGAUGGUGACAAACAUCAAAACCAUGAGAGAAAGAACGUCGAGCACCUCCAGCAUCACCAUGAGUCCAGGAGCAGGACAGGAGGAGUCGUCCAGAGAUAAAGACAAGGCAGAGAGGAAGAGAAAGGCGGAGAUGGCUCGUCUUCGUCGUGAGAAGAUCAUGGCUCAGAUGUCAGAGAUGCAGAAGCAUUUCAUCAACGAGAACAAAGAACUGUUUCAACAAAGUCUGGAGGAGCUGGAGGCGUCAACCUCAGGGAUUGCACAAACAAGUUCCUCAGGUUUGGACACAUCCUGCCUGUCAGAGGUGUGUGUUGGUCCCCGCAGAGCGGGUGGAGCCGACAGCCGUCAGCUGGUCACAUGUAUUCUGUGUCAGGAGGAGCAGGAGGUCAGAGCCUCAGGCAGAGCCAUGGUGCUGGCUUCGUUCGUCCAGAGAUCCACCGUCUUGUCCAAAAACCGUCGGCGCAGCCUGCCUAACCCCGAGAGAUACGACCCUCUGUUCCAGCACCCUGACCUUUCCUUAGGGAUUCACACCGCGAGCUGUGGACACAUAAUGCAUGCCACCUGCUGGCAGAGAUACUUUGAGGCUGUGCAGGUGAAGGAGCAGCGGCGUCAGCAGCGUUUGAGAGGUCCAACGAGCUACAACGUCGAGAAGGGAGAGUUCCUGUGUCCACUCUGCGAGUGUCUGAGUAACACUGUGAUUCCUCUGUUGCCAAGAACUCCGUCUCCUGAUCUGAGUUUGAAUCAUCCCUCCCUAGAAGCCUGGAUCAACAGAACCAAUCAGCAGAUAGCAACACUAAACUCAACCUACAGGAAGCAGUCUGACGGUGCAGCAGAGGAGCCCGAGCCUGAGCCUCCUGAAGGUUUCAGAGUGGACAGUGUCACUCCACAGAGUCCCUUCUCCAGCAGCCUCAGUGAGAUGAUCACCGCCUUCAGUUUGUCCACAUACAAGGUCGCACUUAAGCUGAACCCCAACGACACCGACCCACGAGUCCCAGUGAUGAGCUGGUCCACCUGUGCCUACACAAUCCAGAGUAUAGAGCGCCUCCUGAUGGAUGAGGAUAAACCUUUGUUUGGUAGUUUACCAUGUCGACAGGAUGACUGCCUGAGGUCUCUCACUAGGUUCAGUUCAGCAUGUUGGACCACAACGCCACUGAAGACGACACACACACAUUUCAUCCGACUGUUCACAGCUCUGGUUUCAGACCCCCAGGAUGAAAACACUCCGUGUCUGCUCAGCAUCGACAUGUUCCACUUGCUGGUUUACAGCGUGUUGUCUCACCGCUCCGUUCACAGUCUGGACCAGUCAGGCAAAAGUGGAGUCGACUCUGCCCACCUUCACCUUUUACACCUGGUGAUUGUGGCUCACCUGGUCCAGAUUCUGCUCACGUCCAUCACAGAGGAGGUGUGUAUGGAUCAGGACCAUGAAAGAUCGGAGGAGGAGGAGGAGUUCACCUGUCAGCUCUACAGCACUUUGAGAAAUCACCUGCGAAAUGUGUUACCUGAAGUGACCUCAGGCUGGCAGUUGUGGCGUGCUGUCAAAGCUGCCAUCUUGCCAUUCCUCAGAGCUGCUGCCCUCUUUUUCCACUACCUAAACUCUACAGCUCCCCCUGCCGAGCUCCUGGUUGCAGGUCCUGGUCAGUGGGAGGCGCUGUGCAGUUACCUCAGUCUUCCCUCCAAUCUUCUUCAAGUUUACAGUAGUCAACGUGUGGUGAUGGAACCACUUGUACACAGGUGGUGCUGUCAUCCAGGUGUGAGACAGACACUACUGGGCGGUGGAGUCAUCGUCAGGUUUCCAAGAGAGUCCAAUAGACUUAUCGAGCUUCCAGAAGAUUACAGUGUCCUUAUCAACCAGGCCUCCAGCUUCACGUGUCCUCGCUCAGGUGGAGACAAGUCUCGGGCUCCGACCUUGUGUCUGGUGUGUGGCGCCAUCUUGUGUUCUCAGAGUUACUGCUGUCAGACAGAGGUGGAUGGUGAAGAUGUGGGUGCCUGUACUGCCCACACCUUCACCUGCGGCGCUGGUCUGGGACUUUUCCUCAGAGUGAGAGAGAGUCAGGUGUUGUUUGUUGCAGGCAAAUCCAAAGGUUGUUUUUAUCCUCCUCCAUACCUGGAUGACUAUGGAGAAACUGACCAGGGACUGAAGCGAGGGAAUCCUCUCCACCUGUGUCACGAGCGUUAUCGAAAGAUUGAGCGUCUGUGGCGACAGCACGGCGUGGCAGAGGUCAUCGGUCACGCCCAAGAGGCCAAUCAGACGCUGGUGACCAUCGACUGGCAGCACCUGUGACCUUAAGCAUGGUUUGACCUACUAUUUGCCUAAAUUCUUACAUGAGAAGAUGCUUGGUGAUUGGCUGUCAGCAUUUAGAGCCGCCUUUCACUUGCUGCCCCGUUUUACCCACUCACCUUCCCGCGGCCCUCCGAGUUUGUUUACAAAUCACCAAUCACAGAGCAGCAGUGACAUGAAGCCCCGCCUACAUAGCGCUUGACUGACAGAUGAUUAGUGAACAUGACUCCUCUCAGGUUAAGCUUUUUAUUAGCACCAUGAGAAAAAAAAUGGCCUUGUUUAGGACGCUGCUGCCGACUUUUGAUUGGUGAAAGGUGUUUUUAUUUAAGUUUGUUUUUAUUUGUUUCUGAUGGAGUCAAGGAAACACAUGUUGACGUCGGAGACUUGGUUUACUUUUUUUUUUUUUAAAUCGAUGGGUUGAAAAGAACAUCGAUGACCUCUGACCUGUUAAUAUGUGAAUUCUUGUACAAAUGAGGAAAUGUAUGAUAUUAUAGAAGAAUUACAAAAUAAAAACACUCAAAAAUAA